CGCACGGCGGCAGCGCGGGAGCCAUGGCGGGGCCGGGCGGGGAGGAAGAGGAGGAGCGGUACCGGCGGCUGGUGAGCGACGCCAAGGCCGCGGCGGGCGAUGGGGAGCUGGAGGAGGCCCUGCGGCUGUUCCGGCAGGCGGCCGCCAUCCGCCCCAGCGAGAAGCUGCAGGGCCGCAUCCAGCGGGUGGCGGAGGCGCUGGCGGCAGCGGCGGCGGAGGAGGAUGAGGCGGAGGAGGAAGGCUUCGUGAACGUCUGCGGCAGCGGCCUGCUGCUCUACGGGGAGGUGCACGAGAAGCUCUUCCAGCACCAGCGCGAAGGCGUCGCCUUCCUCUACCGCCUGCACCGGGAGGGCAGGCCCGGCGGCAUCCUGGCCGACGACAUGGGCCUGGGCAAGACGGUGCAGGUCAUCGCCUUCCUCUCAGGCAUGUUCGACGGCGAGCUCCUGCGGCACGUCCUGCUGGUGGUGCCCACCACCCUGGUCAGCACCUGGCUGGCCGAAUUCGCCCGCUGGACCCCCGGUGUGCGUGUCAAGGAGUUCUACGGCACCAGCAAGACGGAGCGCACCAGGAACCUGGAGAAGGUGCAGAGGAGGAACGGCGUCGUCAUCACCACCUACCAGAUGCUCAUCAACAACUGGAAGCAGCUCGCCAGCAGCAACGAGCAGGAGUUCGUCUGGGACUACAUCAUUCUUGACGAAGCGCAUAAAAUCAAGAGCCCGUCUACCAAAACGACCAAGAGCGUACACGCCAUUCCUGCAAAGCAUCGCCUCCUCCUGACGGGCACCCCGGUGCAGAACAACCUGCGGGAGAUGUGGUCCUUGUUCGACUUCGCCUGCCAGGGCACGCUCCUGGGAACGGCCAAAACUUUCAGAAUGGAAUAUGAGAACCCUAUUACUAGGGCAAGGGAGAAGGACGCAACUCUAGGCGAGAAAGCACUGGGGCUAAAGAUAUCUGAGAAUCUAAUGACAAUCAUAAAGCCCUACUUCCUCAGAAGAACCAAAGAGGAUAUCAAAAACAAACCUGGCAAACCAGAUGCUCCCCUUCCUGAGGAUCCAAGUGAGAAUCGUGCUCCUGUCAUGCCAUCUCUUACCAGGAAAAAUGACUUUGUUGUGUGGGUGUACUUGGCGCCAGUGCAGGAAGAAAUCUACAGGAACUUUCUCUCCCUGGACCACGUGAAAGAGGUGCUGCUGACAACCCGGUCACCUCUGGCUGAGCUGACUGUCUUGAAGAAGCUGUGUGACCACCCCAGGAUUCUGUCUGCAAGAGCCUGUGUCCAGCUGGGCCUGGAAGAACAGGAGUACUCUGAGGAGGACCGCGGGAGUGACGCAGAUCCGCUUCCAGGCGCUAAUAAAAUAGAUCAUCUCUCUGAUGAGACUCUAAUUCAGGAGUCUGGGAAAAUGACGUUCCUUAUAGGACUUCUAGAAAGACUGAGAGAGGAGGGACACCAAACCCUGGUGUUCUCGCAGUCGAGGAAGAUGCUGGAUAUCAUCGAGCACGUCUUGUCCCGCAGACAGUUCAAGAUCAUGCGUAUCGACGGGACGGUGACCCACCUGACGGAGCGGGAGAAGCGCGUUAACGCCUUCCAGAGCAACAAGCACUACUCUGUCUUCCUGCUCACUACCCAGGUUGGUGGCGUUGGUUUAACCCUAACAGCAGCCAGCCGAGUGGUGAUCUUCGACCCCAGCUGGAAUCCAGCCACAGACGCCCAGGCUGUAGACAGAGCUUAUAGAAUUGGGCAAAAAGAGAACGUAGUAAUUUAUAGACUGGUCACCUGCGGUACAGUGGAAGAGAAAAUAUACAGGCGACAAAUAUUUAAGGAUUCGUUAAUAAGACAGAGCACCGGUGACAAGAAGAACCCGUUUAGGUAUUUCUCCAAACAGGAACUAAGAGAGCUUUUCACAUUAGAAGACACUCGAACAUCUGCAACGCAGCUCCAGCUGCAGUCUCUGCACGCCACCCAGAGAAAGACAGACCUGCAGCUGGACGAACACAUCGCCUAUCUGCACUCUCUGGAAAUGUUUGGCAUUUCUGAUCAUGACUUGAUACAUACGAGGGAGAUGGCUCACGAGGAGCAGGUGGAGAGUGAAGAAGCCCAUCGGUACAUCCAGCAGAGGGUACAGAAAGCCCACGAGCUGGUUCAGUUGGAGUCUCAGCUCAGAGACCAGAGGAUGGGGGGGAUCAGAAACGCUUGUGAAGAGACGUUGCAAAGGCCACCUGAAUGGGUUUCCCAGCCAAAGAAGUUGUCUCCAGGGCUGAACAACAUGGCUCGCUUUGAUUCGCCACCAGUAGCCGAUAAAAGUGAAAAUGACCAAGUUAUUGAUCUUACAGAGGACAGGGAGGCCCAGAUUCUUAAUGUCAGCUCCAAAAUGACAAGUCUGACCAUUGGUGACUUGGAUGAAGAGAAAUUGGAACAAAAUGUGUCCUGUAUGGAUACAGAGCAGCUCAACACCAGCAAUACAGUGAAACAGUCCAAUACAGAAGAAUCUAAGCAAAAUCUUGAAUCGAGCAUUAUACCAUCCUCACCUGGACUUCAUCCACCCCACAAAGAAAGCGAGAGUCUUGAACAGAAACAGUGCUCCCCUGUAAAUUCAGACACUGGGACUGAGGCAGGGAAUGGCCUCUCUAGGCAUCAUUGGCACUCCUUUAAUGAGUCUGGUAUGGCUGACAAGCCCAAAAGAUUAAGAGAUGCAGAAAUGUCAGAUCAGGUGCCUGACCCACGUACUGCCUUGGGAACAGAGAAUGACAUUCCUGAGCUAUCAUUGGCUGCUGCGGUGCCAAAUUUAUCAAAUGUUACGCCAGAAUUCCAUGGUAGGCACCAGAAAUCUCACGUGCUGGAAGCCAACUUUGAGGAUACGUCUGUGCUUUCUCCCCAGGACCAAGUUGACUUCAAUCUGGUCUUGGAAGAGUCUGAGGAUGGAUGUCAAGAUGCCUCAAAUAGGGAAAGAUCACUGGAGCACCCAGAAAAGGAAGGCUUCCAACUAGAAGCAGAAAGCUUUUGUAAGUCUCCAACAAAAGCUUGGGUAAGUGAGCAGGGUGACUGUGGAGAACCCUGCCACGCAGCUGAAAAGCCUCUUCUCCUCCUGCAAGAGAGUGAAGCAUCAGAGGAAAACAGCGGUGUCUUUGCUUCCAGUAGAAAGAAAAACCCAAGAAGAAUAGUUUCAGACAGCGAGGAUGAAGACCAUUCUGUUAUGAUCAUGGAGCAAAACCAGUCUGACAAAAGGUCCUCUCCCCUGACCAGCCCUCUGCAGCAGUUUCUGGAAGGAAUGAGUACAUCCACUCCGAAGGGUGAGAGAAGAGUAGCAAUGACUGGUUUUUCUCCCCAGCUGACUAACAAUGGUAAAGGGUCUACCGCUUCCAGGCGAUCUCUGAUCUACAAGGUGGUAGAUGAGGUUGAGGAUAUUGGAGAAAUCAUGGGAACCACUGAUGAAGAAGAUGAUGAAGACAGCGAUGAGGAACAAGAUGACCUUGUGGAAGAAGAAGCUGAGGAGUGUAGCGGGGAGUCUGCUGAGCCUGAAGAAGAACCUGCUGGAGAAACGCUUGAUACAGCUGAAGAAUCUUUCCACGUGGAGAGCAUGGCCUCUGAGCAGUCUGAAGCAGAUGAGACAGAGUCAUCUCAGGAGGAGUCUGCUGGUGAUGCUGAGCUUCAGUCAGGUGAGCAAGUAGACUGCUUCACCCAGGAAAGUGUCUCUGACAAAGAGGUAGCUCAGGGUUCCUCUCCUGCCGCGGGUGAUUACAAUUCCUUGGUGGACAGCGGGAAGAAACUUAAGGAUGCUGGAAAGCUCCAGGAGGCAUUGAACUGCUUCCUGCAAGCUCUUGACAUAAAAAAUGGAGAUCCUGAAGUUAUGCUUAUGACCUUAAACUUGUACAGACAGCUAGCCCAGAAAUAAGCUGUGUGUGCCUGUAUUAAGUAGUGUCUUAUUUUUCCUCAUUCAAUGUUUGUCUGAACUAUGUCACUGUCACUUUUUGGACCAGCCUAGGGCUGACGGCUGCGAUACACGCUGCUUCCAGGGGGACUGAGCAAACUCCACAUCUCCUCCUGCGUGAGGAAACAUCUGAGAAUCUAAUUCUCAGGUGCUGGGGAGGGGACCUCACCGUUGACUUGGUUCACAAAAAUGAAAACAGUUGGUGUUCUGGUCUGAUUUGUUAAUAAAAUAGUCUUCUUUAUAUCUAA